CAACUGAAUAAAUCGGAUAGCUAAGCUAAGCUAUCGUCUUAAAUUUUCUUGGCUGUUGUUAAUUCUAUCUAAUUCAUCUACUAUCACAAUAUCUAGUAUAAUUACACGGAUCUAGAUUUAUAUCUAUAAUCAUAAGCACGCCAAUUUUAUCUUAACUAAACGUUAUUUUUAUGACUUUAUCACGGUGAUGCAGUAAAAUGGAAAAUUAUUUAAAAGGAGAAUCCCAUGCAGUCUAUGAUCCUCCAAGUUUAUCUAUGGAUGGUGCAAUAGAGAUGAAAGUUACAAAUGGAAGUAAAAUUCGUAACCUAAUGGGCUAUGCCAUGUCCUCUAUAGCUGACAACAAUGUGCGCCAUAUAACCUGGAAUGGAACUGGUAAUGCUAUCAGUAAAACUAUUUCCUGUGCAGAAAUUAUGAAAAGAAAAAUAAAGGGGUUACAUCAAAUAACACAAAUAGGAUUUCUCAGAGUGGAAGAUUUUUGGAAACCUACAGUGGAAGGCUUAGAUACUUUGAAAGUCAACACAAAUAUACCUGCAAUAUCCAUACUUUUGUCAAAAGAUCCUUUAGAUACUAAUAAUCCAAGUUAUCAAGCUCCUGGUGCUACCGAUGUUAUGUGGGCAGGGAAAACUAUCACUCCCCGGGAAAGAAGUUCCAAGAACUCAGCUGCUGUUAAGGAAUUAAAAGCUGCUGCUUCAAAGCCAAAAAGAUCCAGAACAAUGGGAAAGGAUGGUAGUAAAGCUAAGAAAGCACAUUCAGUAAAAAAGACAGAAGAAAAAACCUCAAAAGCAACAGGCUGAUUUUUAGACUUUGUUUUAUUUAUAGUAUCAAUAAAUUGUGCAUUUAUUUUUAUGUAUAUAAAACAUGUUACAUGUUGAGAGUAUGACUGGUUCAUGUAAAAUAAAAAGAAAGCUGCUUAUCUUUGCAUGUAUUGUGUUUGUUUGAACAUUAGAAACAUUUGAUAGUAGUAAUCAAAAGCAUCUGUUUCUGGCAAAUGUGGUUUUGCAAAAAUAAGUUUAUUUAGCUAAUCAAGCAAAGCUAAUGCUUAUGCUAUGAGAUCAUAUCUCACAUACGAAUGCCUUUGUAAUGUCAAUGGAGUACUGAAAGUAAAAAAUUUAUUCAUCUUUAUGAAAAUUCCAACUUAAUUUUUGGUUACUUUAAAUGGUUUCAACAGUAUUACUAUCCAUAAAUGAUGUCACAUUGC